AUGACGCAGUACACAAAAAAAUACACUUCGUAAAACGUAUUUCCGGGAACGGUUGUUUUUGUCGGGGACGAAUUGUAUAGGUACAGCUCUUUUAAAAAAGAGGAAGAAAACUAUUGAAAGAGAUCUUAAUCUUUAAAACGUUUUGGAAAGGGAGAUAUUGAUUACGAAAAAAAGAACAAAGUUACAUUGAGAGCAACAAGACGGCAAUGAAAUAUGGACACGCCCACGGAGUCGGCAAACAUAAAUGUGUGUUUACUAACUUUAGGUGACAUUACGGAUGGACAGCUUGAAAAUAUAAGUAAAGAACAUUGUUAUAGCAGAGGUCUAAAACGUAAAUACUUGGAACUACAUGAUGAUGUAGAUGGUCAACAAGAACAUAACCAGUCUUUGUCACCAGCAGAUGAUUGCUUUGAUGACAACUAUGAUGCAUGUCAAUCAGAGAUUGAAAGUGAAAAAUAUGAGGAUGAGGAAGAAGAGGAGGGGGCUCUUGGAGGUCGCAGGAUUGUAGAGUUGAGUGUUUUGGCUGCAAAAUUAGGUGAAGGCUGCAGUAAUUGCUCUACAGAGCUAAAACUUUCAUCCUGUGUUGGAGAAACCAGAUAUGGCCUAGGCAGUCUCCUCAAAAUUCAUUGCAAUAAUUGCAAUGAAAUUAAUAAUGUACCUACUGGCAAGAGACAUGGUCAAAAUACAUGGGAUAUUAAUACCAAAUUGGGUGCAGCUGUGGUAUUUUGUGGACUUGGAGAAAUGACCGUUAACAAUUUCCUUGCUGCUUUGAAUAUUCCCACUGUAACUUCUGUAACUUUUAAGAGACGAGAGAGGGAGGUUGGCAGUAUUUUUGAAGCUGUUGCAAAUGAGACUUGUAAUGAAGCCCUUGCCGAGGAGAAAAAAAGAUCACAAGAUGCCGAAAAAUUUUCUGUGUCCUUUGAUGCUGGAUGGCAGACUAGAGGUAGCGGUCGAAACUAUGCAAGUUUGUCAGGGCAUGCGAGUAUGAUUGGAGAGAAGACAGGAAAAAUUCUUUCAUAUGCUGUUCGGUGCAAGAAAUGCAGAUUCUGUGAUAAAGCACCAGUAUCAGCAGAAGUGAAUAAACAUGAUUGUAGAAGAAAUUGGGAAAAAUCCUCAAAGGCAAUGGAACCAGAUAUGGCUUUAGAAAUGUUGCAUGACUUAAAAGCGCGUGACUUCCAUGUAAAACAUCUUAUAAUGGAUAAUGACUCAACAACCUUAGCCAAGGCAAAAAUGUCUUUUGAUCCAAAUAUCCAAAAAAUUUCGGAUUUUAAUCAUACAAAAAAAAAUCUGGCAAGUAAACUCUAUGACAUCAAAAAGGAGAAAAAGUAUCCUCUUCUAGGUCCAAAAUCCAUUCAACAUUUACUAAAAUGUUUUUCAUAUGCUGUUAAAUCCAACGAAGACACAGACACUUUAAAGAGAAAUUUAGACUCUAUUCCUCUCCAUGUAUUUGGAAACCACAAGAAAUGUAAAAAAAAGUGGUGUAAAUAUCUACAGGACCCAGAAAAUUAUAAACCCAUAAAUUUACCAUAUGGAAAAUAUCUUUCUGGAGUGGAUUUACUCAAAGAUUUACAGCAUCUGUUCAGUGAUUUAGCUAAAAAUGCAAGUAAACUUUCCAAUAUUGGAAGCACUCAGGCAAAUGAAAACUUCAACAAAAUAGUUGCCUGCAAAAAUCCCAAAGCAUUAUAUUACAGUGGAUCUGAGAGCACAUCCUUUAGAGUAGCAGCUGCUGUUGCACAUAAGAAUAUUGGACAUCUGACAAUUGGAAAGGUUUAUGAUACUUUGAUGCUCUCGCCAGGGAUGCACACAAAUGUACAUGAAAGGAGGGUUUCUCGAAAGAGAGAAAAAGAAAAAUUGCGACAAAGCACUGUUGAGUGCAAGAGACGAAGACAUGAACUAAAGAAAUUGAAAUCAAGCCAAAUAUCAACUUCAGAAAUAAAAGAAGGAAAAACCUAUGAAUCAGGUGUUGGAUUGUCUUGUGCUGAUGCUGUAAUAGAAGAAAUCCCAGAUUGCACCCCUGCUUCCAAACCUGUUUCAGUGCCUACCCGUACAGACUCAAACCUUCUUUAUUUUGACUUGGAAACAACUGGACUAGGUACAUCAGCAGAAAUAACACAGCUUGCUUGCAUAUUUGAAGAAGAAACCUUUAAUAGAUUUUAACAUGUUUAGUGACAUCGUUGAGGAAAAACACACUAUUUGUAAGUAUGUCGAUCAUGUUGGUUUGAAAAGCUUGUGUUUCCAUAGCGUAUCAACUUGAUGUUCAUCAUGUAAGUAUUAUGUGUGGUGUACUGUUUGUGUUCUUUGUGUCUGUGUCUGUAGUACAUAUGUAGUUGCAUGCA